AUGAGGAUGAAGAAGAAUUGGAGCGUUUCGCAAUGCAACCACUAGAAACUGCCAUCGAAGAAGAGUCUUUUACUAUUGAAGAGUUUGAAGAAAGUUUGGCCGAAGCCAAUAUUGUCAACUUAAGCUCAGAUAAUUCCCUGAUAAAUAAGAAAAUUUUUAACAAUUUAAAAACAAUUGCCAAAUCCGCUCCUCUACCUCAUGUUAAUCUUGAAGGUCUUAAAAAGUGGAUCAAAGAAAAUUACACAGUAAGGAAUGUAACAACAGAAAUAGAAGGACUGGAUUCAGAACAAUUUGACUUUGUAAGGCGAGUGCUCAAAAUUAAACUCAUGCAAUUGCGAGCUGGGCAUGGAGAAAAACUCGAUAUGUUAAUGGAUGAGAAUACAUAUACAUCAACAAUUGUGUCUCCUGACUUUGAGAUUUUGAAGUUUUGCUUUCCAUAUUUGUUUAUUAGUAGAUGGAAUGAAAACGACGUUCCUUCAUCUAAUUGGCGUCACGAAUUGGUUUGUACCAGUUCUUCUUUACGUAAAGCAGAUGGUAUCCUUUUCAAUUACGACCAUGUUAACCGGGAACUCCUGCUUUUUGAGAAUAUUGGCCCUCCCUCAAGGACAUUGAACCCUAAAUAUUAUGCAGCAAUAGCAUCAAAAUAUUACGUGUUGACAUACGUUGUACAUGAGCGUGAAGGUAAACUUUAUAGAGUAAAUUUGGCUGCUCCCCAAAUUUUUGCUGCCGAAAGAAUACUGAGAGUUAGUUAUCCUUUUGAAUUUGCGAUAUUCCCUAAUAUUAUCAAAGUCGUUGAAUUACUACUCAUUGUUAAGGGUGUGAUCGAAUCAAACAAGGAUGUUAUUCACAAUUACACUGUCUCUUGUAUGGAAGAAACCAAAAACUUCCCAUUAGUACAAGAUUGGAUUUGUUUUUAA